CGUCUUUCUUCGCGUGCUUCUUCCCAAAUCUCACCUGUUUCAUACAGACCUAUUGCACUUCAUCUUCACCUCCAACAACAGCGCAACAUGACGACCCACAAGCUUAACACCGGUGCUUCCAUCCCCGCCCUUGGCUUCGGUACCUGGCAGGACAAGGACGACCAAGAGGCCGCCGUCGCCGAAGCUCUCAAGGCCGGAUACAGACACAUUGACACAGCCAGAGUUUACGGGACUGAGCCCAUGGUCGGUGCCGCCAUCAGAAAGAGCGGCAUUCCUCGAUCUGAGAUUUUCGUUACCACAAAGCUUUGGAACAACAAGCACAAGCCUGAAGAUGUUGAGCCAGCUCUUGAUGCAUCCCUCAAGGAUCUCGGGCUGGAAUAUGUCGACUUGUACCUGAUGCACUGGCCCUGCGCUUUCAAGCCGGGUGAAGAUCUGUUCCCCAAGGACAAGGAUGGAAAGAACGAGACCGCCAAUAUCUCAUACAUUGAUACCUGGAAAGCCAUGGAGAAGCUGCUCAAGACCGGCAAGACCAAGGCCAUCGGAAUCUCCAACUUCUCCAGGGCCGAGGUCGAACAUAUCCUGAAAGAAGGCUCCGUUGUGCCUGCAGCUCACCAACUUGAGUGCCACCCCUGGCUACAACAGAACGACUUCACGGAGUGGCAGAAGAGCAAGGGUAUCCACAUCACAGGGUACUCACCUUUUGGCAACCAAAACGACAUCUACGACCGUGGCAAGAACAUGGGCAAGCUGAUGGAUGACCCAACUCUUGUCGAGAUUGGCAAGAAGUACAACAAGACCGGAGCACAGGUGGCUUUGGCAUGGGGUGUUGCGAAGGGCCACUCCGUCCUUCCAAAAUCCAAGACUCCCUCUCGGAUAAAGGCAAACUUGGAGGGUGACUUCAAGCUUGACCCUGAAGACAUCAAGAAGAUCACUGCCAUUGACAAGAAGCUGAGAUUCAGCGACCCGACCGAGACCUUCGGUUACAACUUCUACACCGACCUGGAUGGCAAGCAACAGUAG